UUACAUUUCUCCCUGGAAGCUUUAAGCUUGCUUUCUUACAAUUCGAAUUCUGUUCUCGCCUGUGAAACAACAGAAGCAUUGGCUUAACAAAAAUGAAGAUUGGUUAUGCCAGAGUUGAUGAAGAGAAAGCAGAAAAUUCGAAAAGCAGAGGCGUGGUAGUUGCUCUGACGUCAAUUCUCGUUGUGGCCGCCCUCGUGUUUGUGGCAGUCAGUGCUUCUGUGGGCUCAAACUACAGCGCUCAUCAUCAUCGUCAUGCUUGGAGAACGGUCUCCAAAGUGGCGAACUCGGCGUGUAGCAAAGCCCGUUAUCCCGAGCGAUGUAUCUCGUCCAUGGCUUCCUAUCCUGCUUAUCAGACCGCCAAGCUUAACGAUCUCACUAACUUCGCUUUCCAAGUGAGCUUGCAAAGGGCUCAGAAAGCCCACGAGUUCGCCCUCACUCUCCAAAACAAUGUGAUGAAUGAAAGAGAGCGCGCGGCCUGGCAAGAUUGUUUGGAGCUCUUCGAAGAUACCAUCGAUCGUCUCAACGUCUGCUCGAACAACGGUUCCUUAGACACAGACUCCCCCAUUUGGUUGAGUGCAGCUCUGACAAACCAGGAAACCUGCUUGAACGGAUUUCGUGAUCUCAAUUUGAGUGCCACCAAUCCCAUCAGGGCUCUCCUGUCGUCCAGAGCCGUGAAUUUGUCAGAAUUAGUGAGCAACUCGCUCUCCAUGUUCAAGCUCUCCACUUUGCCUCCCACGACCAUUAACAACCGCCGCCUGCUAUCUGUAAACAACGGAGAUUUCCAUUCCAACCGUGGCCGUGAAAGUAAAGAUGGAUUUCCCGAAUGGCUGUCAGCGGGAGAUCGCAAGCUAUUGCAGGCCUCAAGCCCGGCCAGCCAAGCGAAUGCUGUGGUAGCCCAAGACGGUUCCGGCAACUACCGAACAAUCGCCGAAGCAAUCGACGCUGUGCCUGAGCAGAGCAGCAAGAGAUACAUCAUCUACAUUAAGGCGGGAACUUACAAGGAGAACAUCGACAUAUCCAACAAGAUAAGCAAUUUGAUGUUGGUGGCAGACGGCAAGGAUAAAACUGUUGUGACUGGAAGCAAGAGCGUCCAAGACGGCGUCACUACCUUCAAAACUGCAACUGUGGCUGUUUCUGGCAAUGGAUUCGUGGCAAGAGAUAUGACGUUCGAGAACACGGCAGGGGCGGAGAAGCACCAGGCCGUGGCACUUCGAGUGGGGUCUGACCAGUCGGCCGUGUACCGGUGCAGCAUCAAAGGCUACCAAGAUACUUUGUAUGUCUACUCCCUCCGCCAAUUCUACCGCGAAGUUGAUAUCUACGGGACCGUGGAUUUCAUCUUCGGCAACGCUGCGGUCGUCAUUCAGAACAGCAAUAUCAUCGCCCGACGUCCCAUGAGCAACCAGAUCAACACAAUUACUGCCCAGGCAAGAACAGAUCCUAAUGAAAACACAGGAAUUUCCGUCCAGAAUUGCAUAGUGUCAGCGUCUUCUGAUCUCGAAGCUGUGAAAGGGUCCAUCAAGACAUACCUGGGGAGGCCGUGGAGGGAAUACUCUCGCACUGUGUUUAUGCAAUCCACUCUGGGCGAUCACAUAGACCCUUCUGGUUGGUUGGAAUGGGACGGCAAUUUCGCUCUCAGCACGUUAUACUACGGGGAAUACAGCAACAGCGGAGGUGGCGCAGGAACGUCAAAACGUGUGAAUUGGCCUGGGUUUCAUGUGAUCAGCAGUGCCACUGAAGCCGCCAAGUUUACAGUUGCUCAAUUAAUCUCUGGGACCUCAUGGAUUCUAGCUACAGGAGUCGCUUAUACUUCAGGCUUGUAACUGAUAUUUAAGAUAUAUCUGUUUACAGUAUUUUUUAUUGCUAUUCAAUUUGUUGUGUAAACAUCGCGAAUAAUUUGCUUACGCCAUCGCAGCAAUCUGCCACUCAUUUAUUCUCAGUCAAUCAGUGUAAAUAAACACGAAUUCCCAUGUACCUUUGCUUGCUGUCCUUUCAGUAAUCUAUCGAAUAAUAUGGAAGCGCACAUAUUUAAUUAAAGA